GGAGCACAGGCAUAAGAAGCAAAAAUGAAGAUAUGGGGACUGCGUUUGUUCCCUUUAAUGCUCUUAGCUAUAGGUGGCGCCUUUGCACAAGAGCAAUGUGGAAGGCAAGCCGGUGGAGCAUUAUGUUCAGGAGGGCUGUGUUGUAGCCAAUAUGGUUACUGUGGCAGCACUUCUGCCUACUGCUCUACUGGCUGUCAGAGCCAAUGUCCUUCUGGUGGUUCCCCUUCUACUCCCUCCACUCCAACCCCAACUCCCAGUGGCGGCGGUGGGGAUAUUAGUUCUCUCAUUAGCAAAUCACUAUUUGAUGAAAUGUUGAAGCACCGCAAUGAUGCUGCUUGCCCCGGCAAGGGCUUCUACACUUACGAAGCUUUCAUUUCUGCUGUUAAGUCCUUUGGAGGUUUUGGAACGACUGGUGACACCAACACUCGGAAAAGAGAGAUUGCUGCCUUUCUGGCUCAAACUUCACAUGAAACCACAGGUGGUUGGGCAACUGCUAGAUGGACCAUAUGCAUGGGGAUAUUGCUUCCUUGGGAACAGGGCAACCCUGGAGACUACUGUGUUGCCAAUCAACAAUGGCCAUGCGCUUCUGGUAAAAAAUAUUAUGGCCGAGGUCCCAUCCAAAUUUCAUACAACUACAACUACGGUCCAGCAGGAAAAGCCAUAAACUAUGACCUUCUAAACAACCCAGAUGCUGUUGCAACAGACCCAACUAUUUCCUUCAAGACGGCUUUGUGGUUCUGGAUGACCCCUCAAUCACCAAAGCCUUCAUGCCACAGUGUUAUCACCGGACAGUGGACGCCAUCAAGUUCAGACACAUCAGCAGGUCGUGUUCCUGGCUAUGGGCUCAUCACCAACAUCAUCAAUGGUGGAAUCGAAUGUGGUAAAGGCUCCAAUCCUCAGAUGGAGGACCGGAUUGGGUUCUAUAAGAGAUACUGUGAUCUAAUGGGAAUAGGCUAUGGCAGUAACUUGGAUUGCAAUAACCAAAGGCCUUUUUCUUGAUUAGAUCCUUCAGUCGUUUUAGUAUCUAAUUGGGAAUGAUCUACUACCAACUGCAUGUAACCUAAGACAAUAAAUAAUCAAUAAAAAUGGGUUCCUCCCAAAACUAAA